AUGCUCCCGGCGGAGCCCAACUGCUCGCACUCGACAAGGCAGUCCAUCCACUCGCGGCAGCUGAAGUCGAACUUCCACUCGAUGCGGCUCGCGCCGGAUUGUGAGCUCGGCGAGCGAGGUCGGAGAGCGACCUUCAGUUGGCCCAAGCCGCACGCCACUGAGGCAGAGCGGCAGUGCGCGUACGACGCCGUACGCGGACGGCCACUCUGCACCGACCGCAGCGCCGCAUUGCGACCGCAGUGGCUCAGCUCAGCCAGGGCUCGCUCGCCCAAGCUCGGAGCCGCCGCCGGUCAUGGGCAGCAACAAAGAUUUGACGCGUCGCUCGGUGCAGGAGGGCACUGCAGUAGAGGUGCAGAGGCCGUCCGGCGCGCGCGCGAUGGGCUACAGCUUCAUUGGCAGCUACCAGAGCGCGUCUGGAGCGCUGCCAUUGUGUGA